UCACUUUGGUCGCCUUCCUACCGCCUGCCAGAAGCCACAAGUUCAACGAUACUCCCCGCGGGUUGCUACUUGAUGUACGAAGCUUCAAGCUUAGAAUAUCGUCUACUAUGGACUUUCUAAACAUCCGGAGUAGCGAUAGUCGUCGUUCUACUGGUUGGAGACGGGCCGCUAAAGUUAAUAGCAUCGUUCUUGCGACCAUGUCAAUGACCUUAAUAGGUUUUCUGAUCGCCGCCACAUCCAAAAACGGCCUCUACAAGGCCCUAUUCUUUUAUGAUGGUGAUUGUGAUGGUGGAAGUGUGUCCAAAGUUAACAUGGUACUCCAUUUACUGAUCAACAUCGUCUCAACACUUGUGGUAGCAUCGAGUAACUUUUUCAUGCAAGUUCUCAACUCGCCUUCGAGACGAGAAGUAAAUACGGCUCAUUUCCAAGGUUCUUGGUUGGGAAUCGGUAUACCGUCGGUUCGAAAUGCAUUUAGAGUAUCCAGAUUCAAGACGUGGUGCUGGAUCUGUCUCCUUGUGAGCUCAAUCCCAAUUCACUUACUGUUCAAUUCCACCAUAUUCCAGACAGAUAGUAGGAAUUCCGAUUACCAUCUGACUAUUGCUACCGAGGAUUUUGUGAACGGAGGCUCCUAUUACGCCCCUGGCGCGGGCCUAGUCCAAGCUGGGUUCCCGCUCUGGUUAGGAUCUGGGGUAAUUACGGAGUCGGUGAAUUCUAGUUCUUAUUAUUACCCUACGUUUGGCACGUACGGUGCACCUGUUAACCUCACCGACUACGCCGACUCUAGCUCAGUCGUUAUGAGAAACAUAUCCUCUACAGCCAUAUCUGGCCGUAACUGGGAGAAGCUGAGCAUAAGUCAAUGCAAGCAAGAAUAUAUUAAUUGUAGCGGAUUGAAGAACCAUCAAAAUUUAAUCGUCGUCGUUGACAAGCCCAGUGGAUGGAAACGAGACGAAAUGUGGCAUCUCAUGGAUAACCAAACCGAAAUAUGGGAUCGCUACGUACCCGCGAAUCAGUCUAACCAUCUAUUCUAUAGUGCGCAAUGCGUGAUGUACGCCGCACGUACAUACAACACCCCCACUGCUUGCGAGAAUAACUGUUUAGGAGCCGUCGGCAUGGAUUCUGCAUAUAGUGGUCUUGCUGAAUUUGUUGCUCUACCGGAUUGGCAAUUCCCUUUCUUUGCUACGGGGGACAUUGGUAUGGUCAACGGUACUCAAACCACCGAUUAUCCGCCGCAUCUAUUAUAUGGUAGUGCUCUCACAUCGGGACUUCAGCCUGGGACAUUCAAUAUCACAGUAAAAUACUGUCUUGCAGAACCCGUCAGCAGAGUAUGCCAUAUCGGAAUCUCACCAACACUUCUGCUAGCAGUUACCAUAUGCGUUAUCUUCAAGACUUGCACUGCAAUUACGGUUACGGUCGUUUUAAGCCGCCGUAACCAACCACCGUUGGUCACCCUGGGAGAUGCCAUGGAGUCAUUCCUUGAAAAGCCGGACCGUGUUACUAGGAGUAUGGCAACCAUAGGACAGGACGAAAUUCGGAGAGCUAUGUCACAGAAGAAGGCCUUUCUAGUCCCCGGACCCAGGCAAUGGCAGUCCUUACGCAAACGGCGGGGGUCAGUUAUUCCUAGAUCCGUAUGGCUGACGAGCUACUUGCUUUUUGCCAUUAGCAUCGGUCUCUGCGGUUAUUUCUUCAAUGGCAUCGCAUCGAGUAACUCACUUUUUGGUUCGUUCUUUGAGAGCGAAGAGAACUCAUUCCUCGAUAUCCCGUUCACAUUUGUGACUGGUGUUCUGCUUGCUAACAGUCCACAACUCUUACUUUCGUUCUGCUAUCUUACCUAUAACAACCUAUUUACCCGCCUGCAAAUGGCCCGAGAGUGGUCGCUCUAUAGUCAAGGGUAUCACCCCUUGAGAGUCACAGAUCCAAAGGGCGAACAAUAUUCUACCUAUCGGCUUCAACUGCCGUAUAAAUAUAGUAUCCCUCUCAUACUGGUCAGCAUAUUCCUCCAUUGGCUACUUUCAAAUACUAUCUAUCUCUUUGUAUCAACUGGAGGUUAUUUCGGUACGAACAGCUUCGUCGGUGGGGGCUCAACGGACGCAAGCCUACCUGCUAACACCGCUGUCGCCGUCGGAUACUCAGGCUAUUCGCUCCUGGGACUAAUAGUUGCCUCAUGUGUACUGGUCUUGGUCCCUUUCUUUCUGAGUUGGAAAAGACUCCCACCAAACAUGGUGAAUAUCGGAAGCAAUUCGCUCGCGUUGUCUGCCGCGUGUCACGCCUCGAUCUUAUCAUGCGCCGUCAAAGGUCGGGCGGAUUCCCUGAUGCUAGAUUCACCAGCGGCGCCCAAUUUCGACCUGCCAGAAACCCCACAGCCUCCGCAACCGCUAAGGCAACCAUAUGCACUUCUCACUAAUGAAGCCUACGACGAGAGUAUCGGAGGAGACAGCUUCGAGAUGAAGAAAUACAGACCGGCUUCCGUUACAACUAUCAACCAGUCAUCUCAGUCCUCUUCAGUUUCGAAACUCUUACUGCCAGAUCGCAGCAGUGAGGAUGGCGAUGAUGAUAUGGGAGAUAAAGCGGAUGACGAGCAGCAUAAUGGUCCUUUCACCAAACUCUCCAGGAGCAAGAUACGCUGGGGCAUCGUAAAGAUGCCGCCCGAGUGGCAUGCUGAGAAUGAUAACGAAGCUGGUCGCGUCGAACACCUUAGCUUUGGGGUUGAGGAUGACGACGUGCAACCCCCGGAGCCGGGCGAGUGCUAUGCGUGAUAGGACUCGAUACUGCGAGGGUCCGCCUUAAUAGACUGAUUACUCAGGACUUGAAACCCCGAGCCCCUACUCGGUUUACCUGUCCCUCAAACAUGCGUUCCGGCGGCCACAUAAUUGCGGAGAAGUUAUGACUCGGUCGAACCUCGACUCACCUUAGCUCAGUACGAGUCCGUGUCUCGGGUGCACCGGGGCAGACAACUAGCUACCGCUCUCCCCAGAUGUCGCACGUCACCUUCGUUUCGAGGAAGCGAAAAGGUCGCGAGAAGAGGGUGAGAGCUAGUCGCCUGUUGAAGAAAAUGCCGUCGU